AUGUUUUCUCCGUGCAGUAGACAUUUAUUUAUUUCUUCCCAACUUCGACGACUGCAGAGUACCCUUGUUGUAGCUGAACAUAACAACGAAGGAUUAUUGCCGGUGACUCAAAAUAUUUUAAGUGCUGCAAAGAAGAUUGGUGGUGAUGUCUCUGUCCUUGUUGCAGGCACUAAAUGUGGACCAGCAGCUGAACAGAUUUCAAAGGCUAGUGGAGUUUCGAAGGUUUUGGUAGCAGAGAGUGAUGUUUUCAAAGGUUGCACAGCUGAAACAUUAACACCUCUAAUAUUGGCCACUCAAAAGCAGUUUAGUUUUACACACAUAUUAGCACCAGCUACUGCUUUUGGCAAAGCAGUGCUUCCCAGGGUAGCAGCCAAACUAGAUGUGUCACCAAUAACUGAUAUAAUUGGUGUUAAAGAUGCCAAUACCUUUGUGAGGACCAUUUAUGCAGGAAAUGCCAUCUUAACUUUGGAGGCAAAAGAUUCGAUUAAAGUUAUAACUGUCAGAGGUACUGCAUUUGCACCAGAGCCUUUGGAAGGUGGGUCGGCAGCUGUAGAAAAGGCUCCCGAGGGUGAUUACAAAACUGAUUUGACGGAGUGGAUUUCUCAAGAAUUGACAAAGUCAGACAGACCGGAGUUGACUAGUGCUAAGAAUAUUGUAGCUGGAGGUCGUGGAUUGAAGUCUGGCGAAAAUUUCAAAUUAUUGUACGAUCUUGCCGACAAGUUAAAUGCCGCGGUAGGCGCCUCCCGUGCUGCAGUGGACGCUGGCUUCGUGCCCAACGACCUGCAGAUCGGUCAGACGGGAAAAAUUGUAGCACCUGACCUAUACAUCGCUGUGGGAAUAAGUGGUGCUAUUCAGCAUCUUGCAGGCAUGAAGGAUUCAAAGACCAUUGUUGCUAUCAACAAGGACCCGGAGGCGCCCAUUUUCCAGGUCGCAGACCACGGAUUAGUAGCAGACUUGUUUAAGGCGGUUCCAGAACUUACCUCAAAGUUGUGA